GCAGCAGUACAUUUCGCCCCUAUUGCUCUCUCCUGCCAGGGGUUAUUUUUAAACAUCUCUUAUUUUGUAAACGUGGCGUGUGAAAUGAUAAAGGGAAGACAGACGUCAUCGCUACCUUCCAGGGAUCGUCUCCUAGAGUGGCCCCAGCACUAAUUGCAAAAGCUACUUCCAUCCUUCCACCCCACCAAAUCCAUCCAUGUUUUAACAGCCGGGUUGAUAAGUAACCCUGACGUCUGCAUAGUUAAACAGCAAGGAGGGUGACCUAGCCGACAAUUUUCCAAUCAGGACACCUUUUGCAGAACUCCCGUGCUGUGGGAGGCCAGCGUUUUCCAGCUGAGGCUCCAGAGUGCACAUCUAGGUCUCCUUUCCUCGGUAUUCACAACCUCCUCCCAAGGAACCUUCUGAGUUGAACCGCCAGGUGGCGCAUCUCUCGAAGGGAAUUCAUCUCUGUCAUAAAUGCAGGGGUAGUUGCCUGGCAACCAAAAACUGGGCGUUCCAAACAAUUGGGACCUAGGAUCCUCUAGAAGCUAGGACGUGCUGCGACUGCGCUAAUCUCCUGGGAUUAAGCCUGCGCCUUUGGGCCUUUAAGCAUGCCUCACACUCAGGAAUCUUACUCGCUCCCUACGUUAAGUGACGAAGACACACACGUGGGAAAUCUGCGGGCUUCUAAGAAAUUGCAGUAUAAGAACCCAACUCACCUUGCUCAGCAGCAGGAACCCUGGAAUCGGCUCAGCUCAACUCCUACAGUUACCUCCAUGAGGCGAGAUGUCUACUUUUUUGAUCCCAAGAUACCAAAGGAUGACCUGGAUUUCCGCUUAGCAGCCUUGUACGACCACCACACAGGGGCAUUCAAAACUAAAACUGAGAUACUGUUACACCAGGAGACCGUUCAGGAUAUCCGAGGAAGCAAGAUCCAGUUUCCUGGAGAAAGUUUACACUCUCCUCCAGCCCCCAUCACUUCCCGGGCUAACAUCAGACACUGGAUCAACCCUAAGAAAGAAUCCAUCCACAGCAUCCAGGGAUCCAUAGUGUCUCCUCACACUGCAGCCACCAAUGGAGGCUACUCCCGAAAAAAUGACGGUGGCUUCUUCUCCACCUAGUGGUGACACCUUGGCUAAUUGCACCAUGGUGGAACACUCAUCUGUCCUUCUGCAUUAAAUAGGUUUGCUCAAGACGAAA